AUGGGACGUCCGCCGAAGCUUGUUAGUCAAGAGAAAAUAGAGCAGUUCCAGCUGGAGCUGGAAAUGGCCAGCCAAGACCCGGAGUUGCUUCUUAAGGACAAGAAAGGACGGUCGAGAUCAUGUUUACUGUGUCAGCGACGGAAAAGAAGAUGUGACCACAAGACUCCAAGCUGCACGGCGUGUUUGAAGGCAGGCGUGCGGUGUAUACAACCCAGCAAAUACGUAAGCAGUCCGUCGCCGCGAGCUACGCCGUCAGAAUCGCCUUUGCAGGCCCAUGCACCGAAUUCCCAGCGGGGGUCUGGGUCUGUGACUUCUGCUGGAACAGCUACAACAGGCGCCAAGCCUCCCAAACAGGACGAAUACACCAAGUUUCUGGAAAAGAAACUGAGAUAUCUGGAGAAAAUGCUCGACAUGCCACCUACGGGAGAACCUUUUAAAAAGAGACUUGCCAAUUACAGACGAAUCGCACACCUCAUUGACGGUCCGGCACCGGAUGAAGCGACAGAGCUGAAUACAGGCACCCAGAUCAACGGUGCAGGGCCUCCUACGGCACAGUUCGCCCUUCCGCCGUCCCUGGCGUCCGCUGGGUCGUCGUCGCCAAUUCUACCACCGCCCAAAACUGUGAACUUUUUCCCCUUGCAGCCGGAAUCUCACUCUAGAGGAGAGGCGCGCAUCAACAACCGCGCAACCAGCUCAUUAGCUGCGUUGACUUCAGACUCGCUGGAAUCUAUUGAUUUCUCACGUUGCAUCUUUGCCAAGUACAACCUUCGCGAUUUCUUGUCCUACGAUCCGGCAUUCGAGUUCGAGGAGCAGUUAUCUCGAGCAUUCUUAGACAGCUUUUUCACGAGACUCCAGUUCAAAUAUCCCCUGUUGGACAAACAAGAAAUUUACAACUUUCACGAUGAUUACAUUGGUAACAAUGUUCACUCUUAUUCGACACAAGAAUUCCAUUUUGCAUGUGGCAGAAUGUGGCUCAUUUUCAGCAUAAGCGCCUGUCUUCAUAUGUCAGCUGGAAAAUACCAGGGUCUGCCACCCAACAGAUAUUUCUCCACCGCCAUUCGUCACAUCACUAAGUGUGGUGAAAAGCUGACUUAUGUUCAGCAGGUAGAAAUCCUUACUUUACUUGUGUUGUACAUGAUACGAACGGACCGGGAUUCGAGUGGUCUUUAUGAGAUUAUCAAGGACGUGGUCUCAAUAUGCAGAGACAAGUUACACCUUAACAAGUGGAAUGCUCAAGAUCUUUUUGCAGGCAAGAAACUAAGACUAUUCUGGUGCGUAUAUCUGUUGGAGAGGAUGAUCUGCGUAGCGGUCGGAAAACCUUACACGAUACCAGAAUGUGAGAUCGACCUCCCGUUAUUUGACGAAGCCAGUUUCAAUAAUAGUACAAUGAACGACGAAAAGAGACAUGAACGAGGCCUCAAUUUCAUCAAUCAAUCUCUUAAGUUGAGAAGGAUUGAGUCUCAAUUUGUGGAACGUCUUCAGAUUAUACCACAAAACUCUAAUUCCACAUCGGAAAACCAUAAAGAUACCGCGGAGCUCGCUAAACAACUUCCACAUGUGAAAAGCUUUUUCCACGAGCUAGAAAUAUGGCGAUCGAAUUGUUCUACUUCCCGUGUUCCUAACUUUGAAAAUGAGACGUUGAAGCUCUACUAUUUCAGAUCCGUGAGACUUUUGAUUCAACCUUACCUAGAGCUUCUCGAGCCUGAAAAUAGACUUUUCCGUGAAUGCCAGGCAGCUGCUGGUCAGAUUUGCCAACUCUAUAAAAUUUUCCAUCAAAAGACGGUUUAUGGUCAUUCUACGCCGGCCGUGCAUACAGUUUUUGUCGCGGGCGUAACUUUAAUAUACUGUAUGUGGCUGAUGAGAAACUGGGACGACGAAAGGCGAAGAAAACUGGGCGAUAUCUCGAAGCAUACCAGACCAUUGGUGAGUGCAAGUCUGUUUUCCACCAUGGACGAUCUUAGAGCCUGUUCGGCAUGCUUAUAUGUCAUGGCAGAAAGAUCUAAGUUUGCAAUAACAUUCAGAGACACUUUUGAUCAGCUAAUGAAUGCUACAAUCGGGAACUUGAUUGAACGAUGUGGACCGGACUCAUCAGAACUGAUAUACAUCAAUGAGGACAGGAGCGAAAGCGAAUACUCCGCUGACGGUCGAUCCGAAAACUCCGACAAAUCAGGAGUUGACGUCGGUUCGCAAAUUGUCGAAAGUGGUAUGCCACCAGCUAUCAGACGUACGUUUGGUACGGCCUCGAGCGAUCUUCAUGUUGGUUUCGUGGAGACAGCUCAAGUUGAUCUUGAAGAACAAAAGGCGUUGAAGAAGAAACAGGGCGAUUUGCAAAAGGCCACUGUACCCCAAAAACUCUCAUAUCUACUGGCACCGGAUAUCGAGGAAGAACCCAUAAAAACGACUAAGUCAGGCUCUUCGAGACGCAAGUCUCGGGGUAGUUCCAAAAUUCAAUCUGAAAAAGACAAAUAUGUUGUUAAAAAGCCGGCGCAUAUUACCGAGUCAGAUUGGCGGGCAUUUCAGCAGCAAGCCUUUUUGCAGCAACACCACGCCCAGCAAACUCUUCAAGCAUACUUGGACUCACUGCAUGGCAAAGUUGGUGAUCUUAAUGUUGAAGCUUCUGUUGAAUCGAAGCGUCCACUUGAAGGCACCAUUGCAAGUUUACAUCCAACGGGAAUGCCCGAAAAUCAAACCGCUGACCCGAUUGUAGCGGCACCAUUGGUUGCAAAUAACCCGCUUUGGGGCAAGUCCGUUGGGAAUGCCCUCCAAGGAAAUGUCGAGGAUAACACGCCAAUGGGAGCUUCCGAAACCAUGCGGCCUUCACUUUCGAGUCCUGCACCAGCUACAAUCCAUCACAGACCUAUUAAUGGUUAUGCGAAUGCGGAUGCAGAUUUCAGCGGACUAUUUUUCAACAAUGGAACUCACAAUAUGAUCAACAAUAUCUCAACGUGGACGAAUGAUUCUGUGGUGGAUCUUAUGAACAACUAUCAAGCAGAUCAGAAUUCUCUUUUCAACAUAAGCUCUGCCCCCGAUCCUUCCUCUCGCAUGAACCCGUACUCAAACACAUCCAGAUUCGCUUCGCCAGGUUCGCAAAUGCACCCUAUACCGCCAGUGGAUAAAGCGAUGAUGCUGUCACAACAACAAAUGGGUCAGAAUCCACCCGAUAUUGCGCAGCAGCAUGAAAGAGUAAUGCACCAUCAGUCUCAAUCUCAGCAUGCUCACCAACAGCACCAGUCUCAACCACAGAAUUCUCAUCCGCAGCACCAGUACCAGCAGCAGCAACACCACCAGCACCAACGUCCACAGCAACCGUUUCCUUUGGGAAGGCCAAACUCGCAGCCCGUGAGAAAGCAUUUACAAUCAGACUUGUUGUUCGGUACACCAGUAGAGGAGUUUUGGACAGUUAACGACGAUUACGGAUUCUUAGCUUAG